UGCCAUUUCCAAUCUACUCUAUCAACUGGAAGUGGACAAGAAUGGGCAAAGAAAUCGAGAGCAGUGGCUCCAACUCUGUAGGAUCCUCCAAGUUUGUGCGCACCAACCCCAUGUCUGACCGCUUCAAAGUCAAGCGAUUUCAUCAUGUGGAGUUUUGGUGCAGCGAUGCCACAAAUGUUGCUCGCCGGUUCUCAUGGGCACUUGGCAUGCAAUUGGCUGCCAAGUCCGACCUUUCCACUGGAAACAUGGCUCACGCUUCCUAUCUCAUACGCUCUGGAGAGUGCAACUUUCUCUUUACUGCACCUUAUUCCCCAUCCAUUGCUCAAGCUGAAAACCUUUCUCCUGCUGCCACUGCCUCCAUUCCUACCUUUGAUCACGCCAUCUGCCGUGCCUUUGUCGCCUCCCAUGGCCUCGCCGCACGAGCCAUUUCUGUGGAGGUUGAAGACGCUGAGACUGCAUUCUCCAUUAGCGUCUCCCAUGGCGCUAAGCCUUCAUCCCCUCCAACAGUCCUCGACAACCAGGCUGUUCUUGCUGAAGUCUUUCUCUUCGGUGACGUUGUUUUGAGGUACAUUAGUUUUAAGAAAUUUGAUCAUGAGAGUCCUAACGAUGAUGAAACUUGUAACUGGUUCUUGCCUAGGUUCGAAAAAAUAGAAGAUACUUUGUCUUAUCCUUUGGACUAUGGGAUCUGUCGGCUUGACCAUUUGGUCGGAAGCGUACCAGAACUUGGACCAGCUGUGUCUUAUUUGAAAGAGGUUACUGGGUUUCAUGAGUUUGCAGAGUUUACUACAGAAGAUGUGGGAACUCUUGAGAGUGGGCUAAACUCUUUGGUGCUUGGAAGCAAUAAUGAGAUGGUGCUGUUGGUGAUUUGCGAGCCGGUGUUUGGGACGAAGAGAAGGAGCCAGAUACAGACGUUUUUGGAGCAUAACGACGGGGAAGAGGUGCAGCAUCUUGCAUUGGUGAGUGAGGAUAUAUUCAAAACCUUAAGAGAGAUGAAGAAGAGAAGUGGGGUUGGAGGCUUCGAGUUUAUGCCGCCACCACCACCAACAUAUUACAAGAAUUUAAAGAAGAGAGCCGGUGAUGUGCUAAGCAACGUGCAGAUCAAGGAGUGUGAAGAAUUGGGUGUUUUGGUUGACAGAGAUGAUCAGGGUACUCUGCUCCAGAUUUUCACAAAGCCGUUUGGAGAUAGGCCCACUACAUUUAUAGAGAUAAUUCAGAGAAUUGGCUGCAUGAUCGAGGAUGAUACGGGAAAGAUGUACCAAAAAGGCAGAUGUGGAGGGUUUGGCAAAGGUAACUUUUCGGAGCUUUUCAAAUCUGUUGAGGAAUAUGAGAAGUCACUGGAGCCCAAAAAAACCACUGAAUGUGUUGCAGCUUAAUUAAACAAACAACACCUUUACUACUUCUCCUUUGUGCAAUGUACUAAACCAUGAGUUGAAUAAGAUUCUAAA